AUGGUCGCCAGAGACAAAACAAAAAACCUGCUAGAGUUGAUGAACGAACUAAACGCGACGUGCUGCACUGAAUCAUUGUUCGGCGCUCAAUGUUUUAAACCAUUCAAAGAAGAUGAUGUAGAUUUUUGUUCGUGCGAUCCAGCGAUUGAGGACAGGAGCUUGUCCACGUUCUCGUUUUUAGAGGCCCUCAUGUUGUGUUCAAUGAGAUGUUCACAAACAGCCAGCUGUGUGGCUUACAACUUCUUCAAUGCCACCAAUCAGUGCCAACUCUUCAAUCAAACAUUGAACAAGUUCUCUGUACUUGCCAGGCUGCCAAUAUUAUUUCAAAAAAGAAAUAUUUCUCUGCAACCGAACUUUCCUCAUGCUCUUGAUAUAACAACACCAGACAGAUACAACUUGACUGGAAAUGUUUACGUUGUAGCUGCCAAGUUGCACAAUAACAUGGCUGCUGGUGGUUUCAUAGCCAGCACAGCAGACAACUACAUCCUGACCAACGAAACUUGGAAGUGUACCAUGAACUAUUACGAUGGCUGGUACAAAAUCAAUUAUAACGAUUCAUUCUGGCCUGCUGCACAGCUAGAAAUUUGGCAAGGUGACUCGACGAUUAAUUCAUUUUUCUCUAAGGAAGCCAAAUGGAUCAACCAUCCAAAUGACUGCCCCAACUGUGAUUUUUUCUGUAGAAAGUCAUUCAUCGGUGAAUUUUAG